AUGGGUACUCAAGAAAGAUCAUGUACCUGGGUGCUGCUGCCAACAACAGAGCAUCAACUGCACUUGCUUUCUUCUUGGAGGCUGUACAAAAGUAUGGCUUUCCAUUGAGAGUUCGAGGGGAUCAAGGGGUGGAAAAUGUUGGAAUAGCAAGAUGCAUGUUCACCAUCCAGGGCUGUGGAAGAGGAAGCUUUCUGUCAGGCAAGAGUGUUCACAACCAAAGAAUAGAGCGCUUGUGGCGAGAUGUGUGGAUGGCUGUUUCAAGCGUGCACUAUGAAAUCCUUCACAACCUCGAGGAUGAAGGCCUUCUGGAUCCAACUGAUGGUGUCCACAUGUUUUGUGCCCAACAUACAUUUCUUCCACGUCUGCAGAGGGAUCUGGAUGUCUUUAGACAGGGUUGGGAUAACCACCCUCUAAGGACAGAGAGGAAUCUGUCCCCACAACAACUGUGGACACUGGGACUCCACCAGAAUCCAGUUGAUACUCCAGAUACAGUGGAGGAAAUCGAGGAUGCGUACUUGGAUGUCAACUCUAUUGGUGAGCUGGAUGGGAGCAAUCCUGGAGUAAUUCUUCCAUCUGUUGAAUGUCCUCUAUCUGAGGAGGACAUGGCAAGACUAAGAGACACUGUCAAUGUAACAAGGCCCUCUCAGUCACAUGGCGAGACAUUUAUUUGGAUGUACUUAACUUUGUACUAACUCACCGUUCCUAGGCGGCAACAUUUUUAUUUUGAAUUUUCAACCCAGAGAAGGUUCAUGAAUAGCUCAGACUUUUAUUUGAUUUGAUAUACACAUACAAAUGAACCUGCCAGGAAAUUUUUAUGUGAACACUCAAACAUCACAUUACAAACUACUUUUUUUUGUCUCUGGCACAUUUUUCAACAGUAAACCUGUAUGUUUUUGUGUGAUUCAUGCCACUCAUUAAAGAACUCUGGCUGUCAAUCUCCAACUUUGAAAUGUGCUUCCUGAACAUUAAAUGGAAGGAGCAGCAUUUUGAGUUACACCUCAAAACUAUUGAUAGACAAUGCUAUGCUUUACACAUUGUUAAAUUCCUGGCCAAGAUGAAAAGCCUCCAGCAGAACCAUUCUGAAUUGACUAUAGGACUUCAUAUGUUUCACAGGCAGGACAAUGGUCUUAGCACAGGAUGACACAACAGGAUAGCAGAUGCUGUGAUUUCCAAAGUCAGCUUCACAAUUGUGAUUAAAUUUUACCACCACAGCAAAGUCCUUGUUU